CAACGUAAUUAUGAGCGCGCCGCCAGUCUAUUUUGUGCGUAAACGUGUUCUCAUUGAAUGUGAAGUCAUGCUUCGAAGUACUUCGUUUACUUCAAAAGAUUUGUAAAUUUUUACUUUGGCACGCGCAUCUUCACUUCUGUCGAUGCAGUUUGCAUUUGAACCACGUUCGCGGUCGAACUUGUGAUACUCCAUAACCUCUUAGAGAAGUGUUAUUUUAUUUUAUGCUAUGUAACAUCUGACAAAUAUAUCUAAUAAAUCUCUUUGAAAAGCGAAAUGCAUUUGUUUGUCAAUACAAAUCCAAAGUAUCACGGAAUGGGACGUAUUUACGAAGAGACAGAUCUCAAUGCAAAUUUUAGGUUAUGAUGGAGCUGGGCUGUUGAUUCAAUGGAACACGAUGACGAAGUCGAGGAUAUGCAUGACGUUACACGGUUUGGUGAAUGUAAAAGUGGUUUAGAUGAUUGUCAGUUGAUUCUUUUGAAAGAUCACCGCGUAGCAAUCAUGUCGUUUUGUAUGAGGCUCGCACGCAGUAAACCCAUCCGUUUAUUAGGAGGCAUAGCUAUGAGAUGCUGGGCUUUCUCUGGGACUUACGUACUUGCCUGUUUCCUUUUGUACUGGUUGUACGGUGGAGUUUCUGCUUUCUUUCUACUUUGUUUCGCCACUACGGGUAUAUUAUAUCACAGAGAAGAUCAACUUGUAUAUCGUCCAGAGUCACCAGCUAAUUCUCGAAUAUAUGUUCCUGCACCGUCGAUAUUUAAUUUGCCGUAUCAAAGCAUUUACAUUAGAUCAGGGGAUGGUACAAUGUUACACAUGUUCUUCAUUUCACAGCCGGAAGACAAAGCAAAAAAGGUGCCUACAUUGUUAUUUCUUCAUGGAAAUGCUGGUAAUGUGGGACAUAGGUUAAAGAAUGCAGUUGGAUUGUACCAUACCAUCCAAUGUAACAUUUUGAUGUUGGAAUACAGAGGCUAUGGUUUGUCACAGGGUUCACCGUCUGAAGAGGGUUUAUACAUGGACGCUUGUGCAGGAAUUGAUUAUUUAUCUAGUAGAACUGAUAUAAAUACGAAUGAGAUAAUUGUAUUUGGUAGAUCAUUAGGUGGUGCUGUCGCUAUUAAUUUAGCUACAAAGCCAGAGAAUUCGCAAAGAAUUUGGUGUCUUAUACUUGAGAAUACUUUUACUAGUAUCCCCGAUAUGGCCGCGUUACUUUUUGGAUUAAAAUGUUUACAAUAUUUACCUCUUUUUUUAUAUAAAAAUAAGUAUCUGUCCAUCCUCAAGGUACGGUCAGUAAUGGUACCUACGUUAUUUAUUUCUGGUUUAGCAGAUACAUUAGUGCCUCCGCGUAUGAUGCAGGAACUUUACAAGAAUUGCAAAAGUCCGUGUAAAAAGAUACUUUCAAUUUCGGGAGGUACGCAUAAUGAAACGUGGUGUCAACCCCGGUAUUAUAAAAACAUAUGUAAUUUUUUAAACGAAUUAAGGGAGAAACCGCCGAUUCAAGUGACGUCUAGUCACUGGCAAAUAGACGAUAUAUAAAUGCAAAUUACAAAGCUCACUUUACGUCCAAAGCGAUAGUUAUAUUUUGGAGAUUGUUCAAUAUUAGGUCAGUGCAUCUUAACAAAUAAUCAAGGAAUAGAUUAGGAUAUCUGAAUAAAUUAUUAAUUUUUACUGUGACCGAUUGAUCCAAUUGCAAAACAUAACACAGCUCAUAAUUAAUGAGAAUCGAUCUUCCAUCGAAGUAUUUUAUUAGAACGUAUAUAUUAUUAAAAUUGCAAUAUUGCAAGUAGUGCAAUAUUUAAGAUCAUUAAAAUAUGAUUUAAAUUUAGCCAAAUUUGUUUCACAAUUGAAAUUCGUGAAUAAUUAAGUAAUAUUUUAAAUCUUUCUAUUAUAUAGAGUACUUUUAGGAAACGUUCAAAUAGUUUUAAUUAAUUAUUUUCAUCGAAAAUAGGCUGUUUUUAUACAUAAAAAA